AUGUCUGACGAGUCUGCUUUGGAAGACAGAGCAGCUUCAAUUCGUGUUAAUGGACCAAAAAGCAUCAACAAGGGACGAUGGAGUAAAGAAGAAGAUGGACGGCUGAAAUUGCUUGUUGAUGAAUACCAAGAACGUUGGGAGAUAAUUUCAAAACAUUUUCCUGAUCGAUCAGACAUUCAGUGUCAGCAACGCUGGCAGAAAGUUGUGAAUCCAGAACUAGUGAAAGGCCCAUGGACUAAGGAAGAAGAUGAAAAAGUGGUUGAGCUAGUUCAAAAGUACGGUCCAAAAAAAUGGACUUUAAUAGCUCGACACUUAAAAGGGAGAAUUGGGAAACAGUGUCGAGAGCGCUGGCACAACCAUCUCAACCCAAACAUUAAGAAAACUGCAUGGACUGAAGCUGAAGACCAAAUUAUUUACCAGGCUCAUCGAGAAUGGGGAAAUCAAUGGGCAAAAAUUGCCAAGUUACUUCCUGGAAGAACAGACAAUGCGAUAAAAAAUCAUUGGAAUUCAACAAUGCGGCGGAAAUAUGAAGUUGAUGAGGAACCUCGCGAUGGGCGCAGGAGCAAAAAGAGAGCUCAGCAAUCUGUUGAGAAAGCUGUACAAAAAGAAGAUACAACAAAAGGAAUACCAAGAGAAGGAAACUGCAUUAAGAGAGAGAAACACUUUGAAAUGCCCAGUUUAAUAGAUGAAAUUCAACCUGGACCAGUUCUUCAUUCUGUAUCGUCUAUAAGUAAUGCAGAUUUUUCUCAGCUAGCUCCACAAAUGACUGGUACUUUAGAAUUGUACAAAAAUGAUUGGUCUCCCUCUGAGUGUUAUGAAGCUAUAAGCACUCAUUCUAGCAAUGGAUUUUCUCAGCCUGGUCCUAGUCCUGGCCCCCUUCCUAGCCCUUCCCUCCAAAAAUUGACCAGUCAACAUCUUGAUCCCAAUAUGCUUUCUUUUGAAACUGAAUUUGAUCUACAAUCUCCUCCACAAUCCCAUGAACAAUUGAAUACCAAUCUUUCUCCUCUGAAUAAAUGCCUUGAUGUUGAUAUGCUGGUAAAUGAAACAAGCCCUAUCCAACUUGGAUCAGUAGCUGAUGAAGGUUUCUCAGAUGUUAAUGUUAUGGAUUAUGUUCCUAGUGAUGAAUCUCUGUCUCCCAGCAAGGAAUUUUCUCUUGAUAAAUUGAACAUAGGAUUCAGAUUUGAUGGUCAAUGUGUUGACAGCACAGAGAAGUCAAGUCAAGAUUUGAUAUCUAUUACUCCAUGUGCCUUAGAUGUGGCCUCUAAAAUCACAUCCCCACCAAUUUUACGAAGAGGUCAACGUAAACGUGUAAAGAGUGAGCAUUCUGAUACUAGUUUAACAUCAGAUUACAUUUUGCCUGACCAUAGUAUGCCUAGUGGAGAUAUGGAUAUUUCAAGUUGCCACUUUCCUGUAUUUAAGGAAGAACCAAAGACUCCCAUAAAAAAUCCAUGUACACCAAUCAAACCAUUGCCAUUUAGUCCAUCUCAGUUUUUGAAUAAUUUCAGUAGUCAAAACCUUUUUGAUGUGGGUCUGGCAUCUACUCCCGUCAAACGUUCCAAUGUACCUGCGCAAUCCACACCUUUAAAAAAUAUAGAAAAUAGUCCUGGUCUGUUAUGUACACCUACUCCUUUGCCUUUAAGGCAGACUCAGAAUACUCCCAACAGGGUAUUAAAUGCUUCUAAUACACCACGCACCCCUACUCCAUUCAAAAAAGCUUGGGCUGAGCUGGAAAAGAAAAGCGGUGCUGUGAAAUUAAUGCCACUGACACCAACCAGAUUGGUUGAAGACAUUACAGAAUUCAUUAAGAAGGAGCAGAUCUUGUCUGAUUCACAGUACGAGUCAGAUGCAAGUUGGUCUUAUUCCAGUUUCCACUCCCCUCUGCAGGAGAGUGGGUAUCAAACACAAAAACGCCGAGGAGCUUGUGUGGGCAAAGAAAAUACACAGUCCAGUAAGAGAGUGAGAAAAGCACUUGCGCAAUCCUGGAGUACUCCAGGAAACAUAACAGUACCUGGUGUUACAGAGGUUUUAAAUACACCUAAUAAAUUAUUAGGUCAAGAUACUUCUGUUAUGUUUUCUCCACCAUCUAUACUCCCAGAUGACUCGUUGCUCUCUGUUACUACCUAUUCUCCAUGUCAGAGAUUGCCUUCUAAUACAAAGGUAAAUGUGAAGUGGGAAAUGGUGGCUUAUGGAAAAACUCAGGAUCAAUUGGAUCUCACUAAACAAGCCCAUAUGUACCUUGACCAAUAUACAUUACAGCCAGGUGCUUUGGAUUUAUAA